AUGUCCUCACCGUCUCGUUCAACGUUGCGUGCACCGCUGUCUUCCGUGUCUAACCCUGGGCGUAGUUCCCCCGAGGGAAGCACCGAUCGGACGUCGCUGGGGAAGAGACAAAGGUCGAUUUCUUGGGACGCAACGCAGAGUUUCAGUGGCGAUUCAGGGAGAGCUAUAUUAGCAGGAGUUUUGCGAAGCUGGGAUGAGGCGAAACAAUCAUGUAAGUUAAUCCUGGAGUACAGCGACAUUACUGGCGAGGAAGAAGAGGAAGCAUAUAUGCUGUUUCUAGAAGAGAGGGAGGCAAUGGCACGGGAGAUGUUGGCCAAAGUGGCUUGCGCGAAGUUGAAGUGGGGCGCAGUAGUUGAUGGGAUGACUUUAGAGGUCAUGGAGGCGUACGUUGCCGAUAAUAUGGAUGAGUUCUCCGAAGAAGAUUUAGAAAACACGAGCCUGUCGGCGAGGAAACGAAAGCAGAAAGAACUAGGUGUUGGUGGUGGAACGGGACAAGCGAACGACGCAGGGGAUGGAGCAGGCGCAGGCAAUGAACCAGGCGCAGGGGAUGGAGCAGGCGCAGGCGAUGGAGCAGGCGCAGGCGAUGGAGCAGGCGCAGGGGAUGAAGCAGGCGCAGGGGAUGAAGCAGGCGGCGGCGGCGGCAACGGCGAGGGGAAUGACGAGAGGCCACCAAGGAAACGGCGUAAAGCCAAAGUGCCCAUUAUCGAGGAGUUGUCCCAUACGUUGAGCGAACAGAUAGACAACGUGAACAUGGCGGGGUAUGAGGUGGUUGAUGAUCGAUUCUGUUGCGUGUACACGCACGUUGGUGCUGUCCACGGCAAGCUAACGGAAAGGGAUUUGUUGGAGGCACUCCAAGGGUAUUGCGACAAGCCGAAGCAUAAAAGCUUUUUGGAGGAGGAAGCUCUGGCGAGGCUUAUCGUCGGGUACGGAGAAAUCAACAUGGAACGGCUAAAUGAAGCAUUCGGCAAGAUGAAGUCAUCAUAUGCGUGCGGGCCUAAGGAAGCGAAGAAGCGUUUGAUCGCUCUUUGUGAUAUAAAGUCUGAAAAAGAGAGGGUAUGGGAAUCGGAGAAGUUCUUAAUCGAGUGGUCUAUGAUGCAGGGAAGCGUGAACUUACUGGAAGGGAUCUUUCUGACGAUGGCUGGACUUCGCCUGGCCAUUGACAGGAACAAUAUGCCUGAUACAGAUGUCGGGAGGAGAUGGAAAAAGGAACAGAGCGACGUUAUGUUCGAGCUGCAAUAUGGUUAUGCGCUUUCUCAUGUCCCAGUGUUUGAACGUAAGGGGAAGGAGCAUGCCUGGAGGAAGAGGUGGACCAAGGCCCACCAGAAGAUGGUAACGAGGGGAAAUAAAGUCCUUGCGUUGUUCAAAGAGUUCGGGUGCAUCGUGCUCUUGGAUCCUCUGUGGAGUCCAACAGAGACGUCGUCCCCUGAUUUUCAUCAGUUGCAUGCCUGCGUUUUAGGUAAUGUAUUGAAACGACGACGAAGAGCUGACGACGACGCGGAAGGCGAUGGGGACGUGCCGUGGCACACGGGUAACGACGUGGGGAACAGAAGGAUGCUGGUGGAGGUAGUUCGAUACUUCACGACAGAUGCGAUGGCACGGUUCAUAGACGAGACGGUGGACAAAUUGGAGGAGGAUGCGUCAGAGAUUGCAGUGUAG